CUCUCUCUCUCUCUCUCCCCGACCUCGCAACCCUACGCGAUCUCCUGAUGGGCAAAGGUCGACCGCGCGCCGUCGAGAAGGGCGUCCUAGGCCACUCCCUGGGCAGCGCCGCCUCCUCAUCCUCCUCCGCCACCGUCGUCCCUCAGGCACCCGUCUUCUACCCCACCGAGGAGGAAUUCGCGGACCCGUUGGCUUUCAUCUUCAAGAUUCGCCCUCUGGCCGAGCCCUUUGGCAUUUGCCGAAUAGUCCCUCCCCGGUCCUGGAACCCCCCCUUCGCCCUCGACCGCGCCGCGUUCACCUUCCCCACCAAGUCCCAGGCCAUCCACCGCCUCCAGACCCGACCGCCCUCCUGCGACCCCGCCACCUUCCGCCUCGAGUACGGCCGCUUCCUCGAAUCCCACCUGGGCAAGCGAUCCCUCCCGCGGCGGGUCGUCUUCGAGGGCGAUGACCUUGAUCUCUGCCGCCUCUUUAACGCCGUCAAGCGCUACGGCGGCUACGACAUGGUUUGUGCGGAGAAGCGCUGGACCGACGUUGCCCGCUUCGUCCGACCGGCCAUCAAGAUCUCCGAGUGCGCCAAACACGUCCUCUGCCAGCUCUACCGCGAGCAUCUGUACGACUACGAGGAGUACAACAGCCGAUUGGACCGGGGAACCAAGAAGGGCAAGAGCACCAGGCGGUGCCCAGAACGGAAUACCUCUGCCCAGACCGAGAUCCCCAAUCGGAAGAGGAGAAGGAAGGGUUUAGGCUGCGAGAGAGCAAAGGAGGUGGUUGAAGAGGUGUUGGAUCAGAUCUGCGAGCAGUGCAAGAGCGGGUUGCAUGGGGAAGUCAUGCUCCUUUGUGAUCGAUGCGAUAAAGGCUGUCACUUGUACUGCUUGUCCCCGCCUCUGGAGAAAAUUCCAUCAGGGAACUGGUAUUGCUUGGAGUGCGUGAAUUCUGAUACGGAUUGCUUUGGUUUUGUGCCUGGGAAGCUGUACUCGGUGAAUGCAUUUAAGCGAAUGGAUGAUCGGAUGAGGAGGAAGUGGUUUGGGCAGACAAAUGCCAGUCGUGUGCAGAUAGAAAAGCGGUUUUGGGAGAUUGUGGAAGGCAGAUCAGGAGAAGUGGAGGUCAUGUAUGGAAGCGAUUUGGAUACAUCAUUGUAUGGAAGUGGAUUCCCUCGUGCAAAUGAUCCAAUUCCAUCAUCGAUAGAUCCAAAUGUCUGGAGACAAUAUGCUUCAAGUCCAUGGAACCUCAAUAACCUGCCAAAGUUGCCGGGGUCAAUGCUUCGUGCAGUCCGUGAGAAUAUUGCUGGUGUCAUGGUUCCUUGGCUCUAUGUGGGAAUGCUUUUUUCAUCCUUUUGUUGGCAUGUUGAGGAUCAUUGUUUUUACUCAAUUAACUACCUGCAUUGGGGAGAACCAAAGUGUUGGUAUGGUGUGCCAGGAUCUGAGGCUAAUGCUUUUGAGCAGGUUAUGCGAACGACUCUUCCAGAUCUAUUUGAGGCACAACCAGAUUUGCUUUUCCAGCUUGUCACAAUGCUUAAUCCCUCUAUUUUGCUGGAAAAGGGUGUUCCAGUUUAUAGUGUUCUGCAGGAGCCUGGAAACUUUGUCAUUACUUUUCCAAGGUCCUUUCAUGGUGGUUUCAAUUUUGGCUUAAAUUGUGCUGAAGCUGUCAAUUUUGCUCCUGCGGACUGGUUGCCUCAUGGUGGAGUUGGAGCAGACUUGUAUCGGUUGUAUCGAAAGGCUGCUGUUUUAUCUCAUGAAGAACUUCUUUGUGUAGCUGUUAAGAGCGACUGUGAUUCCAAAGCUUUGCCUUAUCUGAAGGAAGAAAUGCAGAUGGUAUUUGUUAGAGAAAAGAAGUAUAGGGAGCAGUUGUGGGUUAAUGGUAUUGUCAGAUCUUCUCCAAUGUGCCCAAAGAAACAUCCCAAUUAUGUGGGCUGUGAAGAGGAUCCUGCAUGCGUUAUAUGUCAACAGUAUCUUUAUCUUUCCGCCAUUACAUGCAGCUGCAGACCAUCUACUUUUGUCUGCCUUGAGCAUUGGAGGCAUCUUUGUGAAUGCAAACCCGAAAAGCAUCAUCUCCUUUACCGUCAUACUCUCGCGGAGCUUGGUGAUCUAUUGCAUAUGGUGUCUUCUGUAUCUGAAAUGACAAACAUGGUGGAGACCUUACAAAAUAGACUUUCUCAAGGCCCAGGGUGUAAUUUAUAUCCUAAUAGAUCAAGUGCCAUAACAAAGAAGGUGAAAGGUGGUGAUAUUUCCUAUUCACAACUUGCUGAAGAUUGGCUUUCACAUUCCUGCCACAUUUUGGAGAUUCCAUUUGAAAAUUCUGCUUAUCUUAGUGCUCUAAAGGAAGCUCAACAAUUUCUUUGGGCUGAUCAUGACAUGGAUCCUGUGCGUGAUAUGAAAAUUAAGCUAUUUGAAGCUCAAAGGUGGGCGCUUGAUAUAAAUAGCUGUGUGUCUAAAGUAGAGAGCUUCAUGCAUUGUCCACAGAAGUACAAUGAGAGAGUAUCAUUGGAUGAGUUAGAAAAAUUGCUGAAUUUUCGACCUUUACCAUGUUAUGAGGCUGGUUCCAGCAAAUUGAAGACAUUGGCAGAGGACGCUCAGAAUUUAGUCAUUGAAGUACAAUCUGCUCUUUCAUCUUACUUAAGUAUUGACAAAUUGGAAAUGUUGUACAACAGAACUACUGAAUUUCCUGUUAGUCUUCAGAUAACUGAAAGAUUAUCUUGUGAAAUUGCUUCUGCAAAGAAUUGGUUAAAUAAUGCUCAUUUGUGCCUGAUGGAGAAAAAGCCUGGUUCUAUCGACAUUGAUUUCUUUAACGAGCUAAAAUCAGAGAUGCAAGAGCUUCAUGUUAGCCUUCCAGAAGUGGAUUCAUUUUCAAACAUGUAUAAAGACGUUGAAUCAUGGAAAAUCAGAUGUGAAGAUAUCUUGAAAGGGCCGCUCAGAUUGAAGGAACUUGAAGAUUUCCUUAUAGUUGCAGACAAUCUGAUAGUCAGCAUUCCAGAGAUAGAUCUCCUAAGGAAAUACAGAUCUGAUGCUUGUUCCUGGGCUUGCCAUCUUCAAGAUGUUUUGCAAAAUCUUAAUGAGCGAAACGACUAUGGGAACAUUGUUAUAGAACUUUCUCACAUCUUGAAAGCUGGAGAGUUGUUGAGAGUGCAGGUUGACGAGUUGCCUCUUGUAAAAGCUGAACUAAAAAAGUCAAUAUGUAGAGAGAACGCUUUAAAGGCACUUGCUACUCCUAUGCCUUUGGGUUUCAUUCAGCAAGUGUUGAAUGAAGCUUCUCAGUUGGAAAUUGAGAAUGAACAAUUAUUUAUAGAUAUUUCUGAAGUUCUCAGAAGAGCUGUUUCUUGGGAAGAAAGAGCCAAAUCUGCUCUAGAACAUGUAGCACACAUCUCUGAUUUUCAGAACAUUAUAAGGGACUCAGAGGGGAUAUUAGUUGGUCUUCCCUCUCUUGCUAAUGUCCAGGAUGCAAUGUCAGUGGCUCAGUUAUGGAUAAGUAGGUCUCAGCCGUAUUUGGAACAAACUAUGAACAGGAAUCCAUCAGAUCAUUUGCUUAAACUUGAUGAGUUGAAGGAGUUGGUUUCCCAGUCUGAACUUUUAAAAGUCACUGUAGAUGCUUCAGAAAAGCUUCAGAGCAUUCUGAAGGAAGUUGAACGAUGGGUGCAAUAUGCUUAUUCUUUAUUGGAACAUGCAAAAUCCUUAUUUAAUAUACAUCAUGCAGAUCUCAUAGUUGGCCAUAACUUUUUGACAAAGAUCGUAGAACUACUCAGCAAAGUUGAUUCUGCUAUAGAAGACGGGCAGUCCUUGUGUUUUCAUUUUAAAGAGUUGCCUGAACUGCGAAAUGCAUCUUCAUCUUUGCAGUGGUGCUCGACAGCACUCUCUUUCUGCUACAAGGUUCCGCUACUAAAGGAGGUUGAAAGAUUGCUUGAAGAUGCAGAUUGUCUUCCCAUCAUUUUUGCAGAUAGUUAUCUCGCUGAAGUGUUGAUUGUGGGAGUCAAUUGUCUUAGGAAAGCACUUUCUAUACUUCCAGAACCUCAUAAUUUUAAAAGGUGCAAGUUGAAAGAUGUUGAAACAAUUUUAGAUGAAAUUCAGAAAUAUAUAGUUCCUUAUCCGUUGAUUGUUUCUCAGAUUCAAAGUGCCAUCCAGAAACAUAAAUCCUGGUUGAAGCAAGUUAAUGCUUGUUUUCAACUGCCUAGUGAACAGCUUUGGCCUUCUUUGUUGGAGCUUAAGGAACAUGGAGAAGCUGUUGCCUUUGAGUGUUCUGAGUUUUAUAGAGUAGCUUCUGAAGUAGGAAAGAUUGAGAAUUGGAUGUCUGAGUGCCAUGUUCUUUUGGACCCAGUAGUUGGUGAUCUUGAUUCCUUGUCAGCUGGGCUAGUGCAAAUCAAAGGUUCACUUGACAAGGCUUUGUGUGUCUAUCGUGGUUCCAAAGGACGAAGAGCCAGAGAAUUCUCUGUUUGCUGCCCCAAUUAUGCAGGGAAUGAAGAAGUAUAUACUUGUCUCGUAUGUGAUGAUCGGUUCCAUUACUCAUGUGUGGGACCACCACUUGCUAAUGCUGGGAUGACUAGUGAGUAUUCUUGUCCUUUUUGCCUGUGUGUGGAAAGUGGAUCUCUACCAAGAAAUGGAAACCAAACAUUGAUAUCUAGAGGAAACCGCCCGGAAAUUAAAUCAUUCUGCGAACUUUUAUAUGCUGCAAAGGAUUUCCAUGCAAGGUUCAAAGAAUUGAAUUUGGUAGAAGAAAUUGUUAAACAAGCACUGGAGUGCAAGUUUAAUUUAACUGAAAUAGUGCAUCAUACUACUUCUUACCAUGGCAAUGACCUCAGCUCUAUCUCAGAGAGUUUUCUGAAUGCCUUGAAGGCAAUAGCAGUUGCUGGGAUAUAUGAUCAUGAAGAUUGCUGCAACCUUGAGUUGGCAUUAUCUAAAAAUUCAUGGAAAGUCAGAGUCAAAAAGCUUUUGAGGGGAUCAAAGAAGCCUGUCCUCCAACAAAUUCAGCGUCUUAUUAAAGAGGGUAUAGCUAUGGGCAUAGCAUCUGAAGAUCAUUUUAUGAGGGAAAUUGCAGAAGUUCGGCAGAUAAGCUUGCGAUGGGCAGAUGUUGCCAAAAAGGUUAUAUCAGAUUCAGGGGACCUUGCACUAAGCGAGGUCUAUAAGCUUAUAAGUGAAGGUGAAAAUUUACCUCUUAACUUGGAGAAGGAGUUGAAGUCUUUAAGAGCUCGAAGUUUACUUUAUUGCAUCUGUCGGAAGCCUUAUGAUCAGAGAGCAAUGAUUGCUUGUGACCAAUGUGAUGAAUGGUACCAUUUUGAUUGCAUUGACUUGCAUGAACCACCUCAAAAGACCUUCUAUUGUCCGGCAUGUCGGCCAUCUCUUGAGGAGUUUAUAUCUCUUCCACAAGUGAUGCGCAAUGAAGAGAGAUCAAGCAAUGUAGGUGGACCUGAUACACCCCCAGUCUGCCAGAGAGAAUCAAAACGGAGAGGUUCAAUAAGUUUUGGAUCUAAUUUGCAUCAGAAAUUGCAGGAUGCAGUUGAUUUACUGGAAGUUUUAAGAUUUAGUGACAUUGAUCAAUUAUGGAGAGAAAACAAAAGGCCUCUUCACAGAACAGCCAAAAGACGUAGUAAGUUGGGAGGUGUUUAUGUUAUUUUGGCUUUCAAUUUUUAAAAGAAUAGUCCCCAGUCAUUAUUCUUGUACUGUUUAUUCUUUAGUUAUUCAUUUGGUGAUGGCUUUACAUGCAAUAACAUUGUUGCAUCUUGCAUCUUGCAUGAUACCUUGCCUUCGUACAUGAUUGUCAUCAACCUAGGUCUACACUGCCGGUGAGAUCUCAUCCGUGAGUAAGACAAUGCUAGAGAUGAAGCUGUCUUCUUAAUUUUCUUGUAAUCAGUUAUUCAAUAGUUCAUAAGCACUUAAUCCUUCCUCAUUCAUUCGUUUGGAGAUUUCCUUAAAAUUUUGCCUGUUGGAACUAUUUCUUCUGAGCUUAUUGUUUGAUUAUAUCUCAUUUUGCUCUCUCUAUGAAUCCUGAGCUUGUGAACUUGCAUCUUCAUUGGAAACCUUUUGCUGUGACCUUUGAUUAAUUUCUAACAUGUUAUAUGUGUAACUCUUCAGGGAAUUGCUUGUUCCCUGACUGAAGAACUUGCUUGUUCCCUGACACAUCAUGGGGUCACAGCUAUUUGCCAAAUUGUGUUUUGGUGCUAGUGUAGCUCAUACCCAACAUGUAAAGAUUGCCUGUUGUGACAAGGAUUUAAUACCAGUCCCAUACUAGUUUUGGUAAGCUACCUGACCGAUAUGGUACCAGAGUAUCAACCUGUACCAUUUGGUCUUAUUGGAUAAAAUAAUAAAAAAUAGUAGCGAAUGGUAUUAUACCAGUAAAUAAGGUAUAUACUAUAUACCAAUUGGUAAGGUUGAGAUUUGAAACCUUGGUUCCGUUCCACUCUUGUAACCAUUCAUGUUUAGUAGCUUAAUUUUGUUUUGGAAUGUUCUUACGCAACAUGAUAGAUAUCCCUGAUUGUGAUGCCUAAUUGUCACUUCUGAGUCUGUAACUGUCCAUGUAUGCCUCAGUCAGACUUGCUUUGGCUUCGUGAUAACUCUUGUAUCCUCAACAAGGCAGUUAUAUGCUAGUUGAUGGUGAUUGGCCAUGAUUAAAACUGUUUUAUUUGGUUUCAUUCUUAAACUUUGGCAUCCUAGCUGCUUUCAUAUCUUGCUGAUUCGUCUAUAAGGGCAAAGUGCUAACCACUCAAUAAAGUUGAUUUGUUAUGGUUUAGAGAAUAAUGUCAAUUUGUAUAUUUUUUUCUAUAUUAUCAGCAUGCUAAUAGCUUUACCAUGAAAUUUAGUAAUAUUUUAUAUUUUCUUAAUUGUUAUUUAGCAAAUUUAUGUAUUUUCUUGAGGCUCUUGCACAGUCCCUUAUCCUACCAUCUGCUUUGCAUUACGAUCAGCAGAAACAUAGACAAACUUUAUGAUUAUAUAUUUCUCAUUCUGAACGGUAACUUUAUAGCCAGGAAAGUCUUGUUCUCUUUAUUAUCUGAUCUAGCUAAUGUCUUUUGCUUUGUCAAGGAUGGAAGGUUUCAGUAUUUGAUGAGUUGGUGUUCCAGCUCUUGUAGUUGUUAAGAUGGUCACAAUAAAAGAUCUGAUUUUUCUUAGUUUGACUAGUGAUAUUGACCUAAUCAGAGCUUGAUGAUGGGAAAAUGUCCCUCUAGCUGACCCCAAACAGUUGGGAUUUUGUGGCCGCUUUUUGUUUCAAACUUCCUUUGUUCCAGUGAUCUAUGAUCAGACUGGUGUAUCUCAGACCAAAGGUGUCCAAACAAAUUUUUUUACUACUUUUAGGUUUCUGAUUAUUUCAGCCACUGUUUUUUCUUAUAGUUUUGCUAUUUAGACAAGAUUUUGAAAUAUAUCAACUGCUUACAUGACUUUUUCCUUCUUUCUUGUACUUAUUACAGUAAAACUUUAAUCAUCAACUUGGGGGUAACAAUUGCCAGACUCUUGCGCUUGUGAGUACUUGUUCUUGGCAAA